UCAGAUCUCAGUCAGUGUUUGAUUUGUUAAUUUCCCUCUCUGAAAGCAGGAAACUGAUGACAGUUCGGCGGAUGUUCUUCAGUGUCUCUGCAGCGCGCGAGAUCGAUCUCCAUCGAUCAUGAGUGAGCAGAGCAUCUGUCAGGCGCGGGCCACGGUGAUGAUGUACGAUGACGGCAGUAAGCGCUGGGUCCCGGCCGGUUCCGGAGCUCAGGCCGUCAGCCGGGUCCACGUCUUCCAGAACCCCAGCAACAACAGCUUCAGGGUGGUGGGCCGCAAGCAGCAGGCGGACCAGCAGGUGGUCAUUAACUGUCCUCUGGUCCGCGGGAUCAAGUAUAACCAGGCCACGCCCACGUUCCACCAGUGGCGGGACUCGCGGCAGGUGUGGGGGCUGAACUUCGGCAGUAAAGAAGACGCGGCUCAGUUCGCUAGCGGGAUGAUGCACGCGCUCGACGUGCUCAACGGCCAGGCCGACUCGGGUGCAUGUCCUCCCUCUCCUCGACCGCCUCAGAACGGCCCGAGCGCGGAGGAGUUAGAGCGGAAGAGGAGGCAGGAGCAGCAGGAGAGAGAGAGACAGGAGCAAGAGCGACUGGAGAGAGAGAGACGUGCGUCUGUGGCUCCAGCCCCGCCUCCUGUUCCUCCUCCCGCUCCGGCCUCUGGUCCUCCUCCUCCUCCUCCACCCGGACCUCCACCUGCUCCAGGACCCCCACCGCCGCCGCCCCCACCACCACCUCCUUCAGGAGGAGGUCCAGCACCCCCGCCCCCGCCCUCAGGAGGAGGAGGAGGAGGAGGUGGAGGAGGUGGAGGAGGAGGAGGAGGAGGACUAGGAGGAGAUGGAGGUCUGGCCGCAGCACUCGCUGGAGCUAAACUACGGAAAGUGGCCAAGGAGGACAGUGGAGCGGCGGCUCCUGCGGCGAGCGCCAGUUCAGGAGGAGGAGGAGGAGGAGGAGGUGGAGGAGGUGGAGGAGGAGGAGGUGGAGGACCAGGACUGAUGGGAGAAAUGAGCGCAAUUCUUGCUCGACGAAAAAAAAUGUCGGACACUCCAGGGGCGAAGAAGGUUGAAGUGAGCAGCGCUGAUUCUGUGAGCAGUGACUCCAGAUCUGCAGAUAAAGCAGACGUGGUGAAGAAGCCGUGGGAGAAGCCGUCGUCCGUUUCACGGGUGAACUCAACCCCUAAAAGCCCGGUUUCUCCGGCAACCGCGGCUCCAUUGAGCAGGACGAGGCCAGGCAGCAGCACCGGAGGAGACUCCGGAUCCAAAGACGGUUCCGACCUGGAGAAAUUCAAAGAGGAAAUCCUGCAGGAGAUGCGCAAAGAGCUGCAGAAAACCAAAGAUGAAAUCAUCAACGCUCUGAUGGAGGAGCUGAAGAGGAGCAGUGUGGUGUAGCAGCUUCACGCGUGAGCAUCAGCGAGAUGAAGAGACGUCUGCUCAAACCUCAAGCACCGCAAAAAAAAAAAUGUGCUUCUUCCUCAGUAUUUUUAAAUAAAAUAAGAUAAAUUCACUUGAGAAACUAAAUGACAUCAGAUAUUAAGUCUUGGUUUGCACAACCAAGAUCACAUCACAAUCAAAUCAAUCAAAUAUCACAGCCAAUCAGAAGGGCGUGUGGGCGGAGAGAUGGUUUUCAGCUGAAUGGUGUCAAAAUUACAAAAUUUUAUAAUAGACGUGAGAAUAAUUCUUAAAAAAAUCUUUAAAAAUUCUAUUUAUUAACAUUUAUUUAAAAUGUCAUGUAUGUAAUUUUGCUUCUCAGGUAAAUGUAUUUUGGUUAAAAAAAUAUUUUGAUAUUUUUAGUGGAAAAAAAGAUGCCUUCAGUUGCAUAUUUUUACACCUGCUGCCUUUCACUUCUCUUUUUUUUUUUUGCAUCAUUUUGUAUGUGUGUGUGUGAACAUUAAUGAUGUCUAUUAAUAUCUUUCUGAUCCGCUGCUGUUUAUUCUGUCUAAUGCGUGUGUUUUAACCAUCGGUUCACCAUGGCAUGUGCAUCUAGAAAUAGUGUCAGUAGUUAGUUGUUUACAUCUGCACUAAUUAGAACACGUGGGCUUCGGUGUAACUGCAGGUUAUUUAUCAUCCUCUGUUCUCUGUGUUUGAAGAGUGUUCAAUCGCUUCUCCAUGGAAAAGCUCAGAGAAAAAGUGAAAAAAUAAAUGAAAAUAAGAUUGGUUGAAAUAAAUAAAAAAUAAUUUUAAUAAUAUAACAGUGUUUAAAGUUAAGGGAGAAACAUAGUAAUGUCACAUAUUCAAAACAAAGCGAAAUAUUGUGCAUAUAAUAUUUGAUGUAUUGUACAUUAAUACUUUUUUCACCAUAAAUGGUGAAUAUAUUUUAAUUGUGUUUAUAUUUUGGGGUCAUGUGAAAGAUUGAAAACCUCCUGCGUUAAGUGAACCAGAGGUCUCAGGGAAGAAUUGAGUGUGUGUGAUUGCAGAGGAACGUCAGAUGUGUCGAACGAACGACUGUAUUAAUCUGUUAUUUUGAAUGUAAUCAACGAAAAAGUACUGUAAUAUUACCAUGCUUUUUGGUCAUGUACGAUGGUACCGUCAAAGUACUCUCGCUGAUUGUUUAACUGAUUGUGAGAGAUCCGCUAUGCAGCGCUUGAAAGUGCAAAUAAAAGCUGAUCCCGGAUCAGUG